AUGCCUGCGAUCCACUGUGAUGAGGCAACGAUUUACGCCAGUGUCGCCCUUCUCUGCGGGGUGGUAGCUCUCUUAGCGAUGACUCGCGCUUUCCUCUAUACGCUUGGGGCCCUUAUUUGCCACGUGGUGGGGGAUAGACGCCUUCCGCCCUUGCUGGAGCAUAGCAUGUGCGCGGCGGUGCUGGUCACCGCUGUUGUUCUCUUUGGCGAUGUUAGUGCCCUCAUGCCGUGGGUGGUGCUACUCGCCACCGUCACUAGCGGUGCGUUCUGCUGGUCACUACGGAGUCUCCGCUGGAUCGGCGUGAGCAGCUUUGUGUUUUACUCCCUCGUUGUGAUGCACCUGGUGGGCCCUGCACUUGUGGAAGAGGUGGACCUGAGUAGGCAGGAGUGGUCCGCACUCGUGCAGGGCCAGCGAAUGCUGAUCCUUUCGCUGCCGCCGUUACCCUCUUUGAGCAUCUACUCCUACUAUGACAAGGUGACGAUCGAGGGCAGCUCGUCGCCUCUGGCCACCUCAACAGCAUCAGCGGCGUUACCCAGACUACUGCUUGAGCUAUCAGUGUGGUGGACAAACAGUGUGAAGUGGGUCAGUGAGUGCAACGAAAGUAUGAAGAAGCGCCGAAGGCGCGAUCACAUCACGCAAGGUGCGGAGCCCCCGUUCUCCAUGUACCUCCUUGUAGCCAGUGGUGAUAACACGCAGCUGUCGCACUACACGCGUGAUAUCCGUACCACAACACCUGUCAUGGCAGGCAGUGACCGCAUCCACUUGGUCGGCCGCCGUAACGCGAUUCGGCACAGCCAUGUGUACUGUAUCAUUCCAGACAGUCGCACCGACCCCACGUCACCGCCGGCGGCAACUAUACCUACAUUCGUGGAUGUACGUUGUCUGCAGCUUCGGGAUGGCACCUUGCUGCGCAACGUCACCAUUCACUGGGCCGUUUACCCAUCGUCGUCGCUAGCGCCAUCGACGACUGCAGACGCGGGGCACACGCUGGACUCUUUGAGCAGCGCACAGUACGCUUGGCGGUCGCUCCAUGUAGGCGCUGACUCUGAGCAGUCGUGCGCGGAUGUGCAGGCGCAACUGCAAGGAGAGCUGGGCGUUGCUGUCUCCUCGUCGCUAAUUGAGUGCGUCGACGAGGUAGACGUGGCGAAGCUACCGCUGUCGUUUGUCACCAAGGCACCGCUGUUCGUGUGGCUUGGGUGGCAGUUCCCUGGCUACGUGCACCGUGUGCAGGACAUGCUUCUCUUCUUCUGUAGUCACGUCGCUUCCCCGAUGUGGGCGCUGGUGGUGGUGACCUGUCAUGUGAGCUGGGAGGCCACGCUCGCGCUGGCGCAUCAGUGCGGAGUUUGGUUGGUGGAGAUGGCGCCGUACGUGAAACGGGGGGCAGAACACGUCGCUAUCUUUUUGGGAGGGGCUCUGUGCAGCUCCUCCACAAGACGAGAGGAGUCAAUCGACGCAGACGGAGAUCGCGUCGAUGCCCGGGAGGCCCUGUUACGCGCUUUAGCAACUCCAUCGUCGCGGUGUGCCACAUUUGCGCGCGCGCACGCGGCGCAUUCCGCCUUCCGCGCUGGCGCACAAACGCGAACGUCUGUCGUCGCCAUCGUGUCUGCCGCCAUGGACACCCUCGACUUGGUGCCAGGUGUGUGGUCCGUGUAUACUUGGUCGUGGAAGGCGGAGUACCGCAUCACACUCUGGAUCGUCGCGGCGCUACAGCAAGCCUUUUUUUGCGCGUUCAGCGUCAUUCUGCAGCCGGUGGCCCGAGUGUUGAUUAUCGCCGCGCAAUACUUGGCGGCUCUGGUGCCGAAGAUCGUCAUUGCACUGCACUAUCUGUGGCGAUGGAUUUCCCAGCUGCGCAUCUUAGCCUACUUUUCACCCUUCUGCACUUUCAUGUGGGCGCUGGAGAAGCGUGUGUGGCGCUACGAGUGGGCCACGCUCAAGGUAGUGCUGGCCUUUCUCGCAGCCCAGGGCGAGAGGGUGGUGUAUGUAUGCGCCAGGUACGCUGCUGUGGGUGGUGGCUAUGCGACCAGUCUAGUGCAUCACUACAGCACUACUUCCCUUUCUACUCAUAUGGCUGUCUUCUUCCUUCAGACGGCUCUGCUGGGGAUCGCGAUGCGCAACGAGCUGAACCAGUUUGUUGUGGCAGAGCAACAGCAGCGAACGCCAGCCCGCAGCUUCCUUGCUCGCUGCAUACCGGCCAGCAUGGCCACGUGGCUGCCACCGAACGUCUUAGUGAAUCGUGUCAAUGGCCUCUGGAUGCUGGUACGUGCUUAUCUUGUUGAGUGUGUGCGGUAUUUCCUGCUGCAUGCAGUUGCCACUUUAGUGCUUAUCGGUCUGUCUGUGCUGCCCUUCGCCAGCAAGCUCUACGCCCUCUCUCUCCGCUGUGUGUUCCCUUGGUUGUCAGGUCAGUACUUCCUCAUCUUCUUCUCCCACGAUCGACCGCCGAUACGACGCGUCGCGGUGUACUUCGUCGGCCGCAUGGUGAUUGCAACGGUGCUGCAGGACACCAUUGGUGACCUCAUUUACAGUGUGCUGAAAGACCUGCUGAGAGCCGUAGGACUCACCGGGGGUCUCGCGCUGCUGCUGUUUGCCUGGCCGCAACGCGCGUCACUGGCAAAGCAGGUCGCCACAGCCAUCACUGACAGUCUUCAGGCCACUCCUACCCAGACGCGUGUGAGCAUGACGCCCGUUGCCGAGAGCAACGCCACAGAGUUGAAGGCCGCAGAGAAAGUUGCGGAAGACAAGGAAAACGAGGAGGCGCGGCAGCGGGACGUGUCUGUAGUAAAGCAGAUCAACCUCGUCGACGCCACUUAA